AGGGGAGCUGUGAAAUGGGCGGCUAGACUUUCCCGCUGCCGUGAAUUCGCCGGCGGGAGCGCGCUCGCGGCCGCGCGUUCUCCGCUUUCCCGGCUCCGUCGCUGACGCGUCGUAGACGUUGGGGAGGCAGGCAGCUGCAGCGGGAUCGGGAUGAACAGCAGCGGCGGCUUCGGGUUGGGCUUAGGCUUCGGCCUCACCCCUACGGCGGUGAUUCAGGUGACGAAUCUGUCGUCGGCGGUGACCAGCGAGCAGAUGCGGACGCUUUUUUCCUUCCUAGGAGAAAUCGAGGAGCUGCGGCUCUACCCCCCGGACAACGCACCUCUUGCUUUUUCUUCCAAAGUAUGUUAUGUUAAGUUUCGUGAUCCAUCAAGUGUUGGCGUGGCCCAGCAUCUAACUAACACGGUUUUUAUUGACAGAGCUCUGAUAGUUGUUCCUUGUGCAGAAGGUAAAAUCCCAGAGGAAGCCAAAGCUCUCUCUCUAUUGGCUCCUGCUCCAACCAUGACAAGUCUGAUGCCUGGUGCAGGCUUGCUUCCCAUACCGACUCCAAAUCCCUUAACUACACUGGGUGUUUCCCUUAGCAGUUUGGGAGCUAUACCAGCAGCAGCACUAGACCCCAAUAUUGCAACACUUGGAGAGAUACCACAGCCACCACUUAUGGGAAAUGUGGAUCCUUCCAAAAUUGAUGAAAUUAGGAGAACAGUCUAUGUUGGCAAUUUGAAUUCCCAGACAACAACAGCUGAUCAGCUACUUGAAUUUUUUAAACAAGUUGGAGAAGUGAAGUUUGUGCGGAUGGCAGGUGAUGAGACUCAGCCAACUCGGUUUGCUUUUGUGGAAUUUGCAGACCAAAAUUCUGUACCAAGGGCCCUUGCUUUUAAUGGAGUUAUGUUUGGAGACAGGCCACUGAAAAUAAAUCACUCCAACAAUGCAAUAGUAAAACCCCCUGAGAUGACACCUCAGGCUGCAGCUAAGGAGUUAGAAGAAGUAAUGAAGCGAGUGCGAGAGGCUCAGUCCUUUAUCUCAGCAGCUAUCGAACCAGAGUCUGGAAAGAACAAUGAAAGAAAAGGCGGUCGAUCUCGUUCCCACACUCGUUCAAAAUCCAGGUCUAGCUCAAAAUCCCGUUCUAGAAGGAAAAGAUCACAGUCAAAACACAGGAGUAGAUCCCAUAAUAGAUCACGUUCAAGACAAAAAGAUAGACGUAGAUCUAAGAGCCCUCAUAAAAAACGCUCUAAAUCAAGGGAGAGGCGGAAGUCAAGGAGUCGUUCGCGUUCACGGGACAAAAGAAAAGACAACCGAGAAAAAAUCAAGGAAAAGGAAAGAGUGAAAGAAAAAGAUAGAGAAAAGGAAAGGGAAAAAGAGAGAGACAGGGAAAAAGAACGUGAAAAAGAAAAGGAACGGGGUAAAAACAAAGAUAAAGACCGGGAUAAAGAACGGGAAAAGGACCGAGAUAAAGACAAGGAGAAGGACAGAGAGAGAGAGCGGGAAAAAGAGCAUGAAAAGGAACGAGACAAAGAGAAGGAGAAGGAACAGGACAAAGAAAAGGAACGAGAAAAGGACAGAUCCAAAGAGAUAGAUGAGAAAAGAAAGAAGGAUAAAAAGUCCAGAACACCACCCAGAAGUUACAAUGCAUCAAGAAGAUCUCGUAGUUCCAGCAGGGAAAAGCGUAGGAGGAGAAGCAGGAGUUCUUCCAGAUCGCCAAGAACAUCAAAAACCAUAAAAAGGAAAUCUUCUAGGUCUCCAUCCCCUAGGAGCAGAAAUAAGAAGGAUAAAAAGAGAGAAAAAGAAAGGGACCACAUCAGUGAAAGAAGAGAGAGAGAACGUUCAGCCUCUACAAGAAAGAGUUGUAAUGACAGAGAUGGGAAGGAAAAGGUGGAGAAGAACAAUACUUCACUUAAAGAGAAGGAGCACAAUAAAGAACCAGAUUCAAGUGUGGGAAAAGAAGUAGAUGACAAGGACGCACCAAGGACUGAGGAAAACAAAGUACAGCAAAAUGGGAAUUGUCAACCAAAUGAAGAAAACCUCUCUACCAAAACAGAAGCAGUAUAGGACCUACAGAUGCACCUCUAAACACACGCUGGAGUAGAAUCCAAAGCUUUUAAUUCUCUCAACAAGAUGUUAAACAGUGAAGAAAUCCAGUAGAGCAUAAAGAUAUGAGCUAACAGCUUUUUUAGUUGUUAGGUGACUUUGUGGCCAUCUUGUUACUGAGUAAGAAAAUAAAGCAUGGACGUCGUGAAAAUAGCAGGUGUUACCCAAACUCCUCAUCUUCUAAAAGCUGUGCAUUUCCUUGGUGGCUGACACACUUGUCAUGUGGUUUGUUAAGUGUUUGCCAAGAACCAUUAAAAUAAAUGGGACAUUAAAGAUCUAAAUUUGUACUAUCCAUUAAAGACUGGAGAUAAGCA